AUUUUGUUUAAGAACACAUGGUGUCGCCAUAGACCUACGUUGGGCGGCUCAAUGCCUGUCUCUGCCUUCUACUUUCAUAUUUAAAUCAGGAAAAUAGACUAAGGCGAGUCACACAACGGUAUUGUGGCGAAGAAAACCUUGUGUAGGCUACGCUUCCUCUGCAGUCGCGGAUUUAAGCAUUCAUUCGGGAUUUUUGGCACAAUAAUUGUUAGCUGUUUUCAUAUGUGAGCUAUUGAUAACCAACCGAAAUGAAGACAGGAUUCAGUAUGUUUCCAAAUGGAAUACUUUGGGUGUCGUUUUUCAUCGUGAGAUUUUGCGGCAGCCAUGGCGAUUUGACCUUCUCGGUACCGGAGGAGAUGAAAAGGGGAGCCGUUGUUGGAAAUGUUGCGAAGGAUCUGGGACAGGAUGCUCGCGGAUUAUCACUGAGGAAUGCUCGAAUUGAUCUGAAGGGUAGCCGCAAACGGUAUUGCGAAUUAAAUGCCCAGUCGGGUGAAUUAGUGAUUGCUGACAGAAUCGACAGGGAGGAGAUAUGCGGUUCGAAAGCGUCUUGCGCUUUAAAAUAUGAGCUGAUUUUAGAAAACCCAUUGGAACUGCACAGAAUAACGCUGCAAAUUCAGGAUAUAAAUGAUAACUCACCUCAGUUUCCUAAGGCUGAAAUAAAGCUGUCAAUCCUGGAAUUAGCGAACAAAGGCACACGCUUUCCUUUAGAUGUGGCGCAUGACUCAGAUGUAGGAAGGAACACAAUCGAAAGCUAUUCGCUCGAAAAGAACGAGCACUUUACAUUAUCUGUACAAUCUAAUGCAGAUGGUGUGAAAUACAGCGAGUUGGUUUUAGACAAAGAAUUAGACCGAGAGCAACAGCACGACCUGGCGCUAUUAUUGACAGCAAUAGACGGAGGCUCUCCUCCACAAUCGGGUAGUGUCAUGAUACACGUCACAGUCUUGGAUGUUAAUGAUAACCUGCCUGUAUUCAGUCAGCCUGUUUACCAGGCCAGUUUGCCUGAAAAUUCGCCUUUAGGUACUUCCGUUGUCACUGUAAGCGCAACAGAUGCAGACGAAGAUGCAAAUGGACAAGUGACUUAUGAAUUCAGUCGUGGAGGGAAAGCAGCGAAAGUAUUUCAGAUAGACAAAGAGACGGGAGUGAUCACUGUAGCUGGGCCAAUAGAUUUUGAGGAAGAAGCUCAUUACGAAAUAAGAGUGAAUGCCAAAGAUGGAUGGGGGUUGGCAUCAAAUGCAAAAGUUGUUAUAGAUAUUAGCGAUGUAAAUGAUAAUGCACCUGUGAUUAAUGUUAAAUCUCUUAAAAACCCAAUUCCUGAAAAUGCUGCUAUAGGCACAGAGGUGGGUGUAAUUCACGUGCAGGAUGAUGACUCAGAUGGAAAUAGCCAGGUGCGUUGCUCUAUUCAGCAGAAUGUGCCAUUUAAAUUAAUUCCAUCUAUUAAGAAAUAUUAUUCUCUUGUUACAACAGGUGAAUUAGACCGUGAGCAGGUGACAGAGUACAAUGUUACUCUAAUAGCAUCUGAUGACGGCUCUCCCCCUCUCUCUUCCUCUAAGACCAUUCACCUCUCUGUGUCUGAUGUGAAUGAUAAUCCCCCUGUGUUUGAGGAGCAGUCCUACAGUGCAUAUGUGUCUGAGAAUAACAAGCCUGGCUCCUCUGUGUGUUCUGUUAGUGCCAGAGACCCAGACUGGAGACAGAAUGGCACAGUCUUCUACUCUCUGUUGCCCAGUGAGGUCAAUGGUGUUGCACUCUCCUCAUAUUUAUCCAUUAAUGGAGACACAGGGGUGAUCCAUGCUGUGAGGGCCUUUGACUAUGAGCAGUUCAGAAGCUUCAAAGUUCAGGUUGUAGCCAGAGACAAUGGUUCUCCUCCACUCAGCAGCAACGUGACUGUGAGUGUGUUCAUAACAGAUGAGAAUGAUAACUCUCCUCAGAUAUUAUACCCUACUCCAGAAGGAAACUCCUUCAUGACUGAGAUGGUUCCUAAAGCUGCUCUUUCUGGCUCGCUGCUGUCCAAAGUGAUUGCUGUUGAUGCUGACUCUGGACAGAACGCAUGGCUGUCAUAUCAGAUCAUCAAGUCGACUGAUCCGGGACUUUUCACUAUUGGUCUCCACAGUGGAGAGAUCAGGGCUCAGAGGGACAUUUCAGAAUCUGACAGCAUGAAGCAGAACCUUGUGAUCUCAGUGAAAGAUAACGGACAGCCCUCUCUUUCUACAACCUGUGCCGUAUACUUAGUCAUCUCAGAUAACUUGGCUGAAGUUCCUGAACUCAAAGACAUGUCUUAUGAGGAGAACAACUCUAAACUCACAUCUUAUCUGAUCAUUGCUCUGGUUUCUGUGUCCACAUUUUUCCUGACUUUCAUCAUCCUGAUCAUUGCUGUGAGGUUGUGUCACAGGAGGAAGCCCAGACUGUUGUUUGAUGGAGCAGUAGCCAUUCCCAGUGCAUAUUUACCUCCCAACUAUGCAGAUGUUGAUGGAACUGGAACUCUCCGUAGCACUUACAACUAUGAUGCCUACAUGACAACAGGCUCACGCACAAGUGACUUCAAGUUUGUCACCUCUUACAAUGACAACACCAUGUCAGCUGGAAAUACACUCCAAAAGCAUCCAUUUGACAACAGCGACUGCCUUGACUUCACAGAUGUUGGUUCAAAGUUUUCUACUCUGGUAAAUGUCUUUUAGUAAUAUUUUA